CAAGCGAAAGUUAUAUGUUAAUUUCUUAGUUUUCCCCCUUUAUUAUUUUGUUUUCAUCAUUAGUUUACAACUUCUAUGUCCGAAAAGUGCAAUGGAGUUGAAUCACACGAGAGUGAAACAAAGUAUAGUCAACCGAACAAUGGUGUACGCAGAUUUUCUAUUGCCGACGCUUCGGAAGAAAGUGUCUCGAUUAAAGAUGUUUUCAGAGGUUUCGAGAGGAGCCCUGUAGUCACACUGACACGGGCUGAUAUAUCGCCGUAUCUUAAGAAUAUGAGACAGAAAUCCACUGAGAAAUCUCAACUGGAAAAGUGUCUAUCGAAGUUGGAAUUCGCCCUACAUUCUAGACGGCUGGGCGACAAGUGCUCCAUCAGCGUUCUUCGCCACGAUCUUAACUGGCUCAAAAUGGCCUUCCAAAAGGAUCCUAACAAUCCUAUUUUUGAUGCCAGCUUCAAUAUUGCUAAGCUUAAAUGUAAGAUUUGCAAAAAAGUGUACGCCAGCGAGAAGAAGUUACAGAACCAUCAGGAGAACAAGCACAUGCUCGUUUACAAGUCGAACGACAAGCCCCAGAAGCGGGUGUCCUUCUCGGACCAAGUGAUAGUGCACGAGGUGAAGGAAUACCACAAAUGUAGGAAGUGCACCAAGAUAUUUGAGAAGUAUAACCUCCUCAAGCGCCAUAUGAAGCAAAGACAUAAGAAACGUAAGUGCUACAUUUGCAAUUAUUGUAACAAAGACUUUGUUGAUAGGAUGUUUUUUAAAGUGCAUAUAAAAUUGCACUGCGACGUCUGUGGGGAUCUCUCGCCCAACAGGUCUUCGUACAUCGAGCACCGACGGAGAGUGUGCAAGGUGUUGAAGUUUCACAAGUGCAAGACUUGUGAGGAGUCAUUUUUCAAGUUCAUGGAUUUGAAAGACCAUAGUUACGAUCAUUUGCCGACUACUUUUGUCUGUGACGUCUGUAAAGACCAGUUUCCGUCUAAAUGUGCCGUUGCACAUCACAUUUCAUUCCUUCACUCUAAGACUCGCCCAAAGUCCUUGUACAGUAUGCGCACACUAGGAAGCGAGAGAUUAUACUUGUGUAACUUUUGUGAAGAGAGCUCGGUAGAACGGGAUGAAGUAGAGAAACAUGUAGCAUUGUUGCCGGACUUGACAAACCGUGCCAUGACAGGGUACAAGGACUACUAUUUCUGCGAUCAGUGUAUGAAAAAGUUUGAUGUUGAAACAGAUAUGCUUCAGCACAAAUGGACGCAUUUCCUGAAGACCAGCGACAACUCCCAGUUGCGGCCGAAGAUUGUGAAACCUAAAACGGACUUCCAGAGGUUUUACAAAGUAGACGAGGUCCCGGAUCACAUGCAGCCGCAGGUUAUAUUGGAACGGAUCAAAGUAGGAGGGAAAGAGUUGACGGAUUCCAUUGACUUUGUGGACGUAAACUGCUUCGAUGAGUACACAGGGGAGAUAAAGAAACCUGUGGUUGACCCUGUGUCGAAGAAGACUAUAAUAUCUAAACAUCAGUGUCAGGUAUGUGGAAAGUACUAUUCCACUAACUAUUGUCUCAACCGCCACAUAGUCACCCAGCACUCGGACUACGAGAACCUGAAAUGCAAAGUGUGCGAGGAGACCUUCUACUGGCCAUCUCUUCUCCACAACCACAAAUGCAUCCGUCUCAAUCUGCCCGAGAUACCAUUUGACGAUGCCAGACCCGAGAUACACUUCGACAACUUGAAUGAGAUACAAAUUGAUGAUCUGCCUAUUACUGAGGAUUAUAUACAUACAGUGGACUUUGAGAUUCCCGCUCCCGUGGUUGAGCUUACAGAGUACAAUUGGGGGCAGAGUCAGAAUAUACAGAAUUGUUAUAGUGGGUGCAAGAUUGUUAUGCAGGAGGUACCUAUUGAGUUUUAA